AUGUUGGAUAAUAUUUUUGGAAGACGCCCGCUACGGUGUGUUAUCCUGGCAGUUUGUGCGUACAUCUCUGCUCUAACAACGACAAAAACAAUUGUGGCGUAUUGCCUACUAUCAGGGUUAUCAACAGUGGGUACACUCAUGUCAACUUGCAAGCAACGGAUAUUCUGGAUUCAUUCGAAUCCCAGCUGUAUGAUCGGCUUCUUGCUCUUUAAACUUCUCCCUCGGUACACGACGAUCAAUAAUAUUUUGGCUGUCGUCUCUUCCUGCAAUGCUUAG